CGAACUCCUCGGUUCUUUCAUUCGUCAUAGUUCAAGUUCAAUGAGUCAAUGAAUUAGGGAAAGAAAAAACUCCACCAAUCCAAAAAACCAAUCCAACAACAAUCAGCACGAAUUAGUGGUCUCGAAUUGAGUGGGCGGGGAGGUCUACGUCUAUUUCUUAUUGAAUAUGAUUGCGAACGUUAUUUCUUGAUAGUAACAAUGUCCCACAAGCACAACAACAACUCGUGACUGAGAAAAGUGUCGAGUAGUCUCAACAACAACAGCAAGCACAUCAUCACCAUCACAUAUCAGCAUCAAGUUCCUCAUAGAGCCAGCCCUUCCCGUACUUCUCGUGCAUCUUCGUACUACUACGAUCGACCGUGGUGGAGACCGUACACCUCACGCAUACCUCGCUAACAACUAGUACCUGAAACCUCACGAGCACGAUUCUACACCUCACGAACUACUAUAAAAGAAUGCUGGCGAUGAAGCAGGACAGAAUGCAGGUCGUAGAGCAGGACAAAGUGCAGGUCGUGAAGCAGGACAGAAUGCAGAUCGUACAGCAGGACAGAAUGCAGGUCGUGAAGCAGGACGAAAACAAGAUGCAGGCCGUGAAGCAGGACAGAAUGCAUCAAGUCGCGACGCAGGACAAAAUGCAGGUCGUGAAGCAGGAAGGAGGCGGGAGCGAGGACGUGCUUAAGAAUAUUCAAUAAGAAUUAGAAUUUUCAUCUACUUUUAAUUCACAGCAUAUCACUUCUUCAGAAGCAGAAUGUAUUUAAUUUAUCGAUCUUGGUGUUGGUAUUAAAGUAGUACUCAAGAACAAAAAGCACCAUCUUGAAACGUGUACUCACCAGCCUUAAGAAGAUGAUCUCCCCGAAAUCCUCUGCCCAGCAGUUGGAGACUUUGCGCUCUUCUAACAUGGUCUCGGUGCUGACGAACAGCGAAGCCGGUUCUACUCAGGACCCAACGACAAUACUCACCGCAGGGAACAAGGUAGAUCUUCAGAAUUGUCAUGGUCUGUGUCAUCACGACUAUAAACAGCAACAAUUUGUCCGGACAGAUAUCAAUCGUACGAGUAGAACACCUGCCACAUUAUCGAAAGACCCCCUGUCCUUGUCCUCUUCUUUCCAAUGGAAAACAAAUCUUCAGGUGCUGGCGUGUCCUUAUAAGUCAAGCAAUCAAUUAUCAUCGCGCCUGAUUGCGAAAGGGGCCAAGAGCAGUAUGAACUUCAAAAGCGCCGCCAGUGCAAGCAACAAGGUAAGUAGAUCAUGUCGGUACUUCUACCAAAAUCUAUCUUGUCUGGCCACCUUCGUCUUUGAUGUCAUCACCAGGACCUUUUUACCUUGCCUCUUCCUUGUAAACGCCACCACCUCUGGAGGCGUCUCCCCCUUUUCCUUUUCCCCUCUUUGUUGGACUUGCCCCCAUAAUGGGUAAACUUGGGUAAACUACUACUACUCUUUUCCUUUUCCCCUCUUUGUUGGACUUGCCCCCAGAAUGGGUAAACUUGGGUAAACUACUACUACUCUUUUCCUUUUCCCCUCUUUGUUGGACUUGCCCCCAGAAUGGGUAAACUUGGGUAAACUACUACUACUCUUUUCCUUUUCCCCUCUUUGUUGGACUUGCCCCCAGAAUGGGUAAACUUGGGCAAACUACUACUACGACUACUACGACUACUAGGCACCCACAUGAAUAAGAAAACUCUAGAGGUGUUUAGCACUUUAAAAGCCCGAGGCCCCAACUCUCCGAGAGGGCUCCCGUACUAGUAGCCCGACGGGUUUCCCUCUGAAUCCUGAGCCCUGAAUCGAGAGCCGGGUCCCCUUGGUGUCCCUUCUAUAUGGGAGGGACUUGGUUGGCCAUCUGAAUCCUGAACCGAGAACCCGCCUCCCUUGAUGUUCCCGCUAUAUGGCAGGCGACUCGAUGUCUCACCUGAAUCCUGAACCCUGAACCGCGAACCCGCUUCCCUUGAUGUUCUUGCUGUAUGGCAGGCGACGCGAUGUCUCAUCUGAAUCCUGAACCCUGAACCGAGAACCCGCUUCCCUUGAUGUUCUUUCUAAAUGGCAGGCGACGCGAUGUCUCAUCUGAAUCCUGAACCCUGAACCGAGAACCCGCUUUCGUUGGUGUUCCCUCUAUAUGGCAGGCGAUGCGAUGUCUCAUCUGAAUCUUGAGCCCUGAACUGAGAACCCGCUUCCCUUGGUGUUCAUUCUAAAUGGCAGGCGACGCGAUGUCUCAUCUCGGGGUAGUUUGGGGCUGAAGGUUGGUUUGGGGUGUAGCUGUAGGGUUACUCUGGGGCGCAGAGUGGGUGUGGCGUGUAAUGCAGAUAGAUUCGAGGCUUGGGUUUGGUUCCCAGCCUAAGGCCCGGGGGGGGGGGUGUGCGGCUGGUUGAUUCGGGGUUUGAGGUUGGUUCGAGAUCUGGGGCUGUUUACUUGGAGCCCAAUUCGUUCGAUAGGUCUGACAGCUGUCGCCCAUGUAUUACUUGACCACGGUGGGGCAUGAUGCCACUGAGUAACUUUGUAGCCGUAAACUCCCUAGCUUCUGACCAUUUUGCUCUUGUUCCUUGCCGCUAAGGGUGGCCUCAGUAGUUCACAAGAAUAGGGCACACCUCUGGCCGCUCGCGUUGUUUGACUGCUAGAACAUGACGCCGAUCGUCUCAACAUAUCAGCUGCUGGCAGGCUUGGUCUAGUGGUCAAGACGUUCACUUGCUGAAAAUAUUCUAGCCAAUCCUUGAAGGUUCUAGUCUCGAAGACAUCAGGGACGCAACUUCCGCGCGUGAUACUGUGAAUCCACGUAGAUUUGUAGCCCCUGCCUUGCUAGUUCUCAGCCCAUCUCGGUCAAGAUCUCUGGCGCAUGGCCCUAGGGAAGUUACCUGCUUAGUCUGGGCCAUCUUCGUGCGCUGAUAUAGUGAUCGUCGUGCUUCACUCUGAAGACAGUAAAACUGGCGCAGUGGUUAGUAAGGUCCGCUACAAUCUUCAUGUUCAUCGUCUGGAAAUAAGCUGGCUCUAUUCCUGGUAAGAACACAAACCCCCAAAGCGUGCACCUUCGUGAUGGCAUUGCAAUCGUCAAGCAUCACACUAAAGUAGUGAAAUCGGCUCAACGGUCUAGGCGUUCGCCUUGUUCUUCUGCGCCACCUCUAUCGAAGUUUCGGAUCUCCCUCACUAGACUAUUAGCCUAGCCGUGGGCCCUCUUGUAAUAGUAUACUCCUGCUGCUGCGCACUUGGAGCCAUGUAGCAUAGCUUAAUGGUCAGCAUCUUGCGCUAGCGCUUUGAGGUCUCAGGUUCCAUGCCUUGAGACAAGAGCUGCACACGAUACCGAAACCACAGGCCCCCCCCUCCAAGGACAGAGGCACAGGCCUAACACUAACUGCAUGACUAGACUGACGCGACAAGAUGGCCCGGCUGUCAGCUCAAUAGUGAGCGAAAAGCCAGCGGAUUUCGCUACAGUCGCGUCGGCUGCGUAGAAUUGUCUGACGUUCUUCACGUCACUCGAGUGGGGAGACUGUUCCGGCGUCUGUACUCCUCUGCUUCGCUGUAUCAGCCAACCUGGACGAGAACCAUAGAGAGUAGGAAGCCAAGCAGUAGCGCAAAGAAGUAGGCCAACUGGUAGAAGCCCUCGCUUUGCUUUUGACCACCAACGUUCGAAGGAAAACUAGCGGCAGCGUUUUCUCGUGAAGACUGACCUGAAGCCCGAGACGUUUAGACGAAGUAGGUCAUUCCAUAUCUUCGCUACGAAGUAGCUCAGCCGGUAGCGCGCUGGUUUCCGUUCUCCAGGACUCAGCCUCGGGUCCCAGCUGUGUCAUUUCUUGUUCGCUGGAAGGCGUUCCUUCUUCGGGAACUGCAGUAGUUCAGCAAGUUCCGCUGAUAGUUCAGCAGGUUAUUCGAAAACUCAAAAUAACCGAGUUACUAACUGAAACAAGGGAGGCAGCUUAACAUCAAGGCUACCCUUCCUUCUCAUCAGUAUCUCGGUUAUUCUGAUCAGUUACUUGCUUAUUUCAGUUUUUCGAGUACGCUGAUAGCGCAGCAAGUUACGUUGAUAGUUCAGCAAGUUGCGCUAUGUCGAUUUUGAUAGUUCGGCAAGUUAUGCUGAUAGUUCAGCAAGUUCCGUCGAUAGUUCAGCAAGUUGCUCCGUUGAUAGUUCAGCAAUUUUUCUAAUUUUUCACGACAAUGACACGGAGGCGCUUGGGAAUGUCUUGCCCCUUCCGAAUUAGUUCAGCAAGUUCUGUCGAUAGUUCAGCAAGUUGCUCUGCUGAUAGUUCCGCAAUUUUUCUAAUUUUUCACAACAAUGACACGGAGGCGCUUGGGAAUGUCUUGCCCCUUCCGAAGUGGACCGGACAGCUUGCCGCGCAUGCAGAUCAUGAAGAGGCCCAGCGGGCGGCGGACGUUGCGGCGGAUGGGCUUGGCAUGGGCUUGGGCUCGAUGGAUUUGGCUGCGAAGAUGCCAAAACUCGACCGGCUGCGGGAGAUGUCUACGGCCGAGCUCCGUGCGCUGGUGAAGGACAUGGCCACUACUCUUACGGGCGGCAGGCUUGUGGUGCUUCUCGUGUGUCUUUUUUUGCCUUUCUUAAGAGGGGGACGCAAGGCAUAAAAAAGCGAGGCAACCAAGCGCCAGGCGUCUGCCUCUAAAACCUGCCCCAGGGCGGUCUGUAGCCGCGCCGGCCUCAUCACCUUCCUCAGCUCGGGGGACGUGCCGCAGCCGCUAAAUGCAGGCGGUCGUGGCUAGCGUGUCUGUGGUUGUGGUCUUUGAAAUAGUUGGCAGGAUGUUCCAGGGAGUGGGGCACCCUGCUCAGCUGCGCCAUCGGGGAUAUUUCUGAGGAGGUUGGCUCUGUGGUGGAUUCCUCUACCUAAACCUGAACCAGGAGGCUCUCGCCGCGGUGGGGCAAGGAGAUCUCACGAGCUUGACGCGGUUGCAGUUGGAAGCGGUUGCGUCGGCUGCUGGGGUCGUGGCGUCUCGAGAGGCACAGUAUGGGAAGGGAAGGAACUGGCGGCGCUUCUGUCUUCUGUUUUGCUUUGUUCAAGGAGCGCGCGGGCCUCUUGAGGUAAGCGACUAGCAAAGCAGAGCCAUGAGUGGGGCGCCUGUUUUCUCCUUGGGUUUUCCUCUAAUCAUUGGCCACGAGGGCGGCGCUACUCCCUCGCUUUAUUUUAUGAUCUGGCGGAGGGAGGGCUGCCACCUGUCUCGCUCGGCAAGGGUAGGGGCCUGCGUGUGGGUGGUGGCGUUUUUCUGUAUUCUUUGCCCGAGCCUGUGCUCUUCUCGUUCGUCUGGUAUUAUACCCGUGGCCUUCGUCCUUUAGCUAAAUCCUCACAAACUCAUGCGCCAGCUGUGUCCUGUCUUUUGUUUGUGCUCUAAUCGUUGCAGAAACAUUACCAGAAGGAUGCCGCGCGGUUUCGCUCUCUCCGAAUUUCUACGGGCGCCGCAAGCUCUGAGGCCUCAGGCAUAUCCCCCACGGUAAAGGUGUCCACCUCCUCGAAGGCAGAGGCGUCAGGCGUGAAGGUGUCCAGCCCCUCCAAGUCCAAGGCGUCGACCGUGAAGGCAUCCAGCCCCACCAAGGGCAAAACCACGACGAGCGUGAAGGCAUCCAGCUCCAAGGCUGUGCGGAAGCAGUGAGAUGCUGGCGCUUUCAUAGAGUCCCGCCGAUCUAUAUAGAACAGACAAACAGCGAACGCCUUAGAGCUAUGUCUCAUGCAUAAGCAUCACGACACAAGUCAGGGAACCUUCUAGAAAUCAGCGCAGGGCGUUACCAUUAUCGCGGGGCCCUAGAUCAGGCGCGUCCUUUUUUUCUUCCUUUUACAUCAGCUGCGCCACUGCUUCUUUGCUCAGCAUCGCAGUAGAAUCCGCCUUAGUGUAUUUUGGUCCAGGUGUCUCCCUCGUGAAUUCGUUGCCUUACCCCGCAAAUUCUGCAACAGUUCAGAUAAGUGCUACCGGAGCGGAGGUAGGCAGCCUGGGCGAUCUCUUCCGCAGCAGAGCUUCAGCAUAGCCGUCAAUAAAUGCGCGCCCGCAAUGAGAUGCGCUGCUCGUUCUCGAUUCAGGAGGGACAGCUCUGCCGUGUCUCCAUGGUUCGGCUCGGUUCUCGAUUCAGAGCGCACAGAUAUAGGGGCGCCCUCUAUUAUGCAUCUCCAUGGUUCGACUCGGUUCGCGAUUCAGAGCGCACAGAUAUAGGGCUGUCCUCUAUUAUGCAUCUCCAUGGUUCGGCUCGGUUCUCGAUUCAGAGCGCACAGAUAUAGGGCUCCCCUCUAUUGUGCAUCUCCAUGGUUCGACUCGGUUCGCGAUUCAGAGCGCACAGGUAUAGGGUUGUCUUCUAUUAUACAUCUCCAUGGAUCGACUCGGUUCUCGAUUCAGAGCGCACAGAUAUAGGGUUGUCCUCUAUUAUGCAUCUCCAUAGCUGGACUCGGUUCUCGAUUCAGAGCGCACAGAUAAAGGGCUGCCCUCUAUUAUUUAGACAUCUCCGUGGCUGGGCUCGGUUCUCGAUUCAGAGCGCACAGGUAUGGGGCUGCCCUCUAUUAUGCAUCUCUAUGGCUGGGCUCGGUUCUCGAUUCAGAGCGCACAGAUAAAGGGGCGCCCUCUAUUAUACACCUUCAUGGCUGGACUCGGUUCUCGAUUCAGAGUGCAGAAGUAUAGGGCUGCACUCUAUGGGAGCUCUCCAUGGAUGGACUCGGUUCUCGAUUCAGAGCGCAGAAGUAUAGGGCUGCACUCUAUGAGAGCUCUCCAUGGAUGGGCUCGGUUCUCGAUUCAGAGCGCAGAAGUAUAGGGCUGCACUCUAUGAGAGCUCUCCAUGGAUGGGCUCGGUUCUCGAUUCAGAGCGCAGAAGUAUAGGGCUGUACUCUAUGAGAGCUCUCCAUGGAUGGACUCGGUUCUCGAUUCAGAGCGCAGAAGUAUAGGGCUGCACUCUAUGAGAGCUCUCCGCGGAUGGACUCGGUUCUCGAUUCAAUGGCUUCGGUUCUCGGUGGAAUCUGCCCGACCUUCCCUCGUUUUUGUGUCCUUCUUGGCCUCCUUUUUUGCUGGAUGCUCGUCCUCUUUCUAGAUUGUUGCUGUGGAUUUUUGUGCUUUUUUUUAGGACCUUAACACGACUAGAAAACGCUUCAAAAAUCCUUAUUCAUGUGGGUGCCCACUAAUGCCACUACCACCACUACUAGGAGUAAGAAAAUCCUCGAGGUGUUUAGCAGUUUAAAGGCCUGAGGCUCCAACUCUCCGAGAGGGCCUACUGCCAUUACUACCACCACUAGGGGUAAGAAAAUCCUCGAGGUGUUUAGCAGUUUAAAGGCCGGAGGCUCCAACUCUCCGAGAGGGCUCCCGUACUAGUAGCCUGACGGGCUCCCCUCUGAAUCCUGAACCUUGAACCGAGAGCCGGCCCCCCUUGGUGUCCUUUCUAUAGGGGAUGGAUCUGAAUCCUGCGCCCUGAAUCGAGGGCCGGUUCUCCUUGGUGUCCCUUCUAUUCUAUAUGGAGGGCGGCGCGAUGUCUCAUCUGAAUCCUGAACCUUGGGCCGAGAGCUGGCCUCCCUUGGUGUCCCCUCUAUGUAUAUGGCAGGCGACGCGAUGUCUCAUCUGAAUCCUGAACCCUGAACCGAGACCCCCUUCCCUCUAUAUCUAUGGCGGGCGGCGCGAUGUCUCAUCUGAAUCCUGAACCCUGAACCGAGAGCCCGCCUCCCUUGGUGUUCCCUCUAUAUGGCAGGCGACGCGAUGCCUCGUCUGAAUCUUGAACCCUGAAGCGAGAGCGAGCCCGCUCCCCUUGGUGUUCCCUCUAUAUAUAUGGCAGGCGACGCGGCGUCUGGUCUGAAUCUUGAACCUUGAACCGAGAGCCCGCCUCCCCUGGUGUUCCCUCUAUGGCAGGCGGCGCGAUGUCUCAUCUGCGUCAUCUCAUGCUCGAAAAGCAACAGCGGGGGGCGCGGCUCGUGCCGCAGUACAUGGCGCGGGCCUUAUCUGAUGAGCAAAGCCAGUCUUGUUCGCAGGCACACAACGCCCGCGGGGGUUUUGUUGGGUAGGGGUUCAAGUUCCGCAGUUGAGUUUGAGUCUUGGGGCUGAUUCCCGGUCUAGGGCUCAAGUCAAUCUGCCCGACUGCCGCAUCUGACCCGCCUGGAGUAGUGCUUGGCGCAAUUCCCAGGGGCGUUGUUGAAGCUUAAAAAGCUCCACAGGGUCAGCGUUAUCUUGCAGGGGCUUACUCUUCUAAUUUUUCACGACGUCCCCCAUUCCAAUUCCCCAAGACUUAAGUCUUGCUCUUUUUCGCGACUUAGCGCCUUGCUUUAUGGCGUAACCCCCGGCGACUUCUGCAGCUGGUUGGGCCAGUUUUUAAGGAAGUACAGUAGUAAGCCAUAGGACUUCUUCUCUUGGAAUAGACAAUAAAAAAGGGGGCUGCUAUAUGGCAGGCGACGCCGGUCACCCGGGCGGCGUCAUUAUAUUAAUCUUGCCCCUGGGUCUGGAAACUACUCCCACCGGAGGACUGACCCGCCAGGGAAUUAAUUUGUUGGGGGAUGUCGUGAAAAAUUAGAAAAAUUGCUGGGAAUCCUUAUCGCUUUGCUUUAUGGCGUGACUUCCGGUGGCCUCGAGUAGCGUUGUCGAAGCUUAAAAAGCUCUGCAGGUUUGGCCUGAGCAAGUCCUUAGCUUUUCGGGGUUAUUUAAUCGCAUCACUAUGGCAGGGGGAUGAUCCGAUCGUUAUAGUCUUGGCCCCCCUCGCUUCGUGCGUUGGGGUCCUUUUUUCCGGUUUCGGUCUCUCCGAGGUUCUGAGCCCUCCACCCCACCAGCAUGCAAGAAUUACCACGACAACAUCGGGGCGAAGGCUUCCUUUUCGUGCCGUAGUACAUGACGCAGACCAAGGGCUCCUGGUUUUCUCGCCCCGGUCAACCAAGGCAAGGCCCGAAAAAAAGCAACCGCUCAGCCCGAUAGCGUUGCUGAGGCCUAAUCUUCCAAGUGCGUCCUCUUACUAGUUGAGAAGAAUUGCGUCCAGCUUAUUAGUUACGAAAAAGGUUGAGCCAAAAGAUAGAAUCCGCCAAACCAUAACAAGAGCCCCGCGCGGAGCUUGUCACCUAUCUCAAACCAGGAGUAGGCUUAAGAGACCGAAAAGCCCCACCGCGCGCGCCUCUCGAUCAGAGCUUCACCGGGUUCAGAACCCUCUUGGCUUGAGCAUUUUGGAAGAGGUAAGACACCCGACCACGACGGCGACGACUAGAAGGCCAGCGGGCUGGCUUAGUCUUCUGAUGGCGACAAGUAUAGGGCUAGACCCGGCCCCGAUUCAAUGGGCUCGGUUGGCUGCAAAGAUGCCAAACCUCGGCCAGCUGCUGAAAAGCCCCGCCAGGUAUGACAAAGAGGCAAGACAUCCCCCAGCGGCUCGGUGCCAUUGUCGUGAAGAUUUCCAAAAUGGACCGGGCAGCUUGCUGCUCAUGCAGAUGGAGAGGCCUGGCGAGCGGUCGAGGCGGUGGCGGAUGGGUCUGGUAUGGUCUUGGGCUCGAUGCAUUUGGCUGCAAAGAUGCCAAGCCUCGACCAGCUGCAGCGGAUGCCCCUGGUCGAGCUUCGUGCGCUGUUGAAGGGCAUGCCUAUCACUCGCCCCAGAGCGGUCGGCACCCGCGCGGAGCUUGUCGCCUAUCUUCUCAACUCGGGUGAGGUGCCGCAGCCGCUCAACCUGGGCGCGCUCGCUUCGGUGGGCUUGCCAAGGAGAUUCCGCCAGCUUGACGCGGCUGCAGUUGGAAGCGGUUGCAUCAGCCACCGGCGUCGUGGUGUCUAGCGAGACACGUCAUGGGGUGGGAACUGGUGCCGCCUCGGUUUUCUGUUUUGCUCCUUUUGAAAGAGCACGCGGCUGGGGCAUGUAAGUGAGUAGCAAAGCAGGCCCACAGGUGGGGCGCCUAUGUUCUCCCGGCGUCAGUUCUCUCUAGUCAGUGGCUACGAAGCCGGCCCUUAGUUAUGGCUUGGAUGGUGGAAAGCUGCCACGCGUCUGACCAGGCAAGAACCACGCACCGAAGGGCCUGCGCGUGGUGGGGCUUUUCGGUCUCUUAAAUAGUGCUCAGCUCUAUUCUUUGCGUGCGGAAACACUACAGGAGGGACUCCUCGCGGCUUCGGUCUCUCCGAGGUUCGACGGCGGGCGCUGCCUCCAGCUCCAAGGCGGUGCGGAAGAAGUGAAGGCGCUGUCGUUUUUACUGUAGAAGCCUGCGGAGCUUUUUAGGCUCGUCGUUCAUGGCUCUGCUAUUUUUGUGAUGGUUUUUCUAAAUCUCUCGGCAUGCUCAGCGUAGGAGGCAGGCCCUCCGUCGCAGUGUCUCAAAUGGUGGGGGCAAAUUUAAAAGCUGCGCGCUACCUUGGAGGGAAAUCAGUGCGGAUGAGUGGCUGGGUGUAUAUUUAUAGCAUUCGCAGCCUUCCACUCUCCAUGGACAAAAAAGCAGACAGCCUCUGGGGUGCAUACUUUGGAGAAGGAGGCGCUUCGCUUCCUUGGUGGUUUUGGUGAUGUUGAUGCUUUGCAUAUCGGGGCGCCCUCAUGAGAGCAGGGCCCCACGGAUGGACUCGAUUCUCGAUUCAGAGCGCAUAAUAUAUUAUAGGGCUCCCUUCUAUGAAAUGGGCAAACUCCAUGGGUGGCCUCGGUUCUCGAUUCAGAGCGCCGAAGUAUAGGGCUGCCCUCUAUGAGAGGGCUCCACGGCUGGGGUCGGCCCUCGAUUCAGAGCGCAGAAGUGUACGGCUUUCCUCUAUGAGAGGACUCGGCGGAUGGACUCGGUUCUCGAUUCAGAGCGCAGAAGUAUAGGGCUGUCCUCUAUGAGAGGACUCCGCGGAUGGGCUCGGUUUUCGAUUCAGAGCGCAGAGGCAGAAGUGUAGGGCUGUCUUCUGUGAGAGGGAUCCAUGGAUGGGCUCGGUUUUCGAUUCAGGGCGCAGAAGUCUAGGGCUGUCUUCUAGGGGAGGACUCCAUGGAUAAGCUCGGUUCUCGAUUCAGGGCGCAGAAGUACAGGGCUGUCCUCUGUGAGAGGACUCCAUGGAUCGACUCGGGUCUCGAUUCAGAGCGCAGAAGCAUAGGGCUGCCCUCUGUGGGCGGACUCUAUGGAUGGGCUCGGUUCUCGAUUCAAUGGCUUCGGUUCUCGGUUCAAUCUGCCUGACCUUCGCUCGCUUUUGUGUCCUUCUUGGCCUCCUUUUUUGCGGGGUGCUCGUCCUCUUUCUAGAUUGUUGCUGUGGGUUUUUGUGCUUUUUUUUAGGACCUUAACACGACUAGACUACGCUUCAAAAAUCUUUACUCUUGUGGGUGCCUACUAUUCCUACUGCUACUACUACUAUUACUACUACUAUGACGCUCAAAGCACUAAAAAAAGCAACCGGUUAGUUUUUACCUCUAAAGCUUCGGCUUAUCCCAUGCAGCAAUAUACUACUACUACUACUACUAUGACUACUACUAUUACUACUACUAUUACUACUACUAUUACUACUACUAUUACUACUACUAUCGCUACUACUAUCGCUACUACUUUUGCUACUACUAUUUAUUACUACUAUGCGUUGUAUUGUAAUAGACCAUGCUAAGCCGGCCUAAGCUUGAGUCUAUCUUAGACCCUCUCAGUACGUCUUACGUGAUGUCGCCGAGGUAACAUAUACCAAACCUGCAUGAGGAAAGAGAAUGGAUUCCAUGCAGUCCUUGGUGCGUCGGUCUUGUCUUGUGUCGUGCUUGUUGUGUUGUUCUUGUUCUGUCUUGGUCGUUCUUCCUUCUUGUGCUUACUUAAGUAGCUAGCUAAGUAGGACGCUGACGCUGCGGAACUGGAUCAGAAGAGUUCGGAUUUCAGUGGGGAUUUGGAUCAGGUUUCACAAUGGAUCACAUGUAUGAAAUAAAAAAAAGCAUUAGUCCUAAUUUUUUGUAAAAUACGUAGACGCCGCAUCGAUUGCGCAUGCACCUAGAGGGGAACUGCGUGGCUCUUUAGAGGGGUCGACCGGUGGCCACUCUGGGGAAGACGGCCAAGCGUUCACCCUGUCCACGCCUUUCCCCCAGCAAGGGCAGGAGUCGCCUGCCCGUCUGCCUUUUCAGUGCAGCAUCAGCGCCAGAAAUGGCGCGUGCAAAGGUUUCACACGCGUGCGCGUCUCUGAUAGUGGUGCCGUGCGCGUUCUCUCUGAUAUUGUUUCCCCAGAAGAUGCCACCACUAAGGGCCGCCGCAGAUGAUACGCAGGGUUUGAAAAUGGCGCGAAAAGGUGCCACUUUCAACCGCGUUAGAGCUUGUUGCUUCGACACCGCAAAGCUCCAGACUCUAAUGCGCGCGAGCCUAAAAAAGUGGCCACUUUUUUCUAGCAGGACUAGAAGAAAACGCUCUAACAAUUUAGGUCCACCACAAGCAGCACUAGAAUUGGGACACUUUUGACCGAAAAGAGAAGAGCUCUAAUGGGUCGCAAAAGGUGUCACGAAGUGGCGCCUUUUGCAACCCAUCAGACGACGCCGGAACCCCCGUCCAGCCAGCGCCAAGGCGAGCCCUGGCCCCGCCAGGGCGUGGGGUCGUCAUGGGUAGAACCUUGCGCGCAAGGCGUACCUAACGAGGCCACGCCGUCGCCGCUUAUCUGCAUCGCAGCGAAUCCCCACACGAGCAGGGUGACCAGCGAGCUUGACACCGCCAGCGUAUUCCAGGAAGCGCCACAGUGCCACCAGGCGGCACAGAAAGGCAGGAGCGCGGGCACCGAUAUCAGGCGCCAAAAACGCGCGAGGCAUUCCAAAGAGCUGCGGCCCCUUGGAAGGCGCCACUAGCUUGCCGCAACUCGCCUAGUUGUGGCAUCUAAGUAUCAAAUUUACAAAUUUCUAGGACUAGUGCCUUUUUUUGUGUCAUACAUUGCUACACCUACUACUCCUCCUACUGCGCCUACUCCUACUACUCCUACGACUCCGACUACUCCUACCACUGCUACCACGCCUCAGGUGCUGGGACAUGAGUCCGCCAGCCCAUCGCCAUCAUGUCAUCAGCGUGAAUGCCAUCACCCUGAGAGAGUAUCAAUGAAAUAGAAAACGCCUGGCAUCAUAUGAAAAUAAGGCACCGAGUGCGGGCCGGUUGAUGGUCGCAAGAAAGAAAAGGGCCAAGGGCAGCAACAUGGUCGCAAGAAAGAGAAGGGCUAGGAACAGCAUCAAGACCAACUCCACCCAGAUGAACAGCGGACGGGCUCGCACCUUGCGCGCAGAUAAGGUAGAAGAGUAAUAGUAACCUGAUACGAAUCAGGGGCAUCUUUUGGGGGGCUGCUUUAUGACAUUAUGCUUCAUCGUCGGCCUGCGUAUCAUCUGCGGCGGCCCUUAGUGGUGGCAUCUUCUGGGGAAACAAUAUCAGAGAGAACGCGCACGGCACCACUAUCAGAGACGCGCACGCGUGUGAAACCUUUGCAGAGGCAGAGCGAGGCUGGGCGCCACGCCGUGGCUUGGGUGUAUUCAUUUUGGCGAGGUCACGCAGAGGCAUAGUCGGGUGACUGAUAGACACAACACGAAGGCCACGCGUGCAAGAAAGGGAAGCGCGCGCCGGUUUCUACUUUCAGGCUGUGACCCUUUUAAGUGUCUUGCGCCUCAUCUGGGUUCUUGUUCUUAUUUCUGCAAAGCUUCGACAAUUUUGAGCGCGUUUAUGCUUGGGUGUGCUCCAGUUCAUCGGGGGCGGCUUGAUACUUGCGCACUGUAUGGGCCUGCGGUCGCGGCUCCGGUGCUUCUCUUUCUUUGGUCGGUCUCUCUGAAUUUUUAGCCGCCUUUUGUGCGUGACCUUCCACCGCCCAGACGAUAAGAAGCCAGGCGGCGGCUCGCCGCUUGUCCAGGGCCCCCGCCUUGGUUGUGUGUCCCAAACAUGCCAAACCAGUGCGCGCGGUGAGCGCAGGCAGAAGCCAAGUCUAUCAUGAAGAGACGCCGCGCCGCAGCUUCUUGAAUUAAUUUGGACCACACACCGCACGAAACCCACAGCCAAGCCCUCGCUCGGCUGGCCUCAAGCCGCUGGCCGCUUUGCGUUGGUUGCUUUGCACAAUCAUCCACGCAAAAGGGAGGCGAAGCGAGCUACUCGACUGCGUGGGCUUGGGUCUCUCUUUUCUGGAAUAUAGCGGGAAUCCCAAACAAGGCGGCCAGCGGCGGCCGUGAGCGGUGCAAGCCAAAUUCGGCGAAGAAGCCGACCGACGCAGACCACCACGCACCCAAGCCCAUGCACCCAAAGAAAGCAGCAGGGGGGGGCGGGAUUGGGCUUACCCGCGAGGCGUGGGCUCGUUUUUCUAUUGAAUCUGAAGCAAGCGGGCCCCCUUGGUUGGCGGGUCUUUGUUGCUUGCGUUGUGGUUACGUAGCAGCAGCGCGGACGCGAGUGCUUGGCCUGUGUGGGUUAGUAGAGGUCUAGUGCUUGGCACGGCGUGAAAUCCACACAGGGGCAGGGCGGAGGUCUGACCUCAGGCUUGGCGCCGUCGUCCUUCCAAGUUUGGCUAGGCUUGGGCGGGCUCCUCUGGUGUCUGCUUAAUCAUUCAAGACGCAGCCUGCCACAGCCCGCAGGUGUCCCAUCGAGGUCAGCGCUGUCCUUUUGGGUUGCAGCUCGUGGGCUUAAGUUGCAGGCUUGGCCCGGUUGCAUCAGGUCGGCCCUCUUCACAAUUCGGAGAGAACUUGGAAGAGGGGGAGCCACGGUCUGCAGGCUUGUCGUUGCUUGCCUUACGGCUCGAAGCUUGCCGGGCGCUUAGGCUUCGAGGGAUAAGCCGACUUGUAACCGGGUCACAAAGGGGGGCCGAAAUCAAAAGGCGGGGGACGUCGCAAGGGUAUCGUGAGGGUCUUGGAGGGUAUUGCAAGGGGGCGACCUGAGGCUGAUAGGGGUCAGCGUAACGGCCCAAAGGGGGGGCGAGAGUCUUAGAAGAAUAUGAAGGGGAAGCAGAUGCUUUUUAUCAUAUCAAGCUAUACUCUGGAGGGCUGCCCGGUGCCCCCCCUCCUGGUAUGGUCUGUGGUGGCGCUCGCGUGCUCUUUUCCGCGCUGAUUUUCGCGGGUUCAUUCUAGUGGCGGAAGGCGUCAAAAGUGGGCGCGGGCGUCUCCUUGCGCCUCUCUGCAGGUUCUUCGGGGACCUCUUGCCCGUUGCUGACCCUCGGGGGCUGGAGGUCUCCGGGGUAAAAAGCCGCCGAUGGCGGCCACGGUCUCAAAAGCAGGCAAGCUGAUGACCAAGGGCCCGGAGGGCACAGGCCGCACGGCUCGGGGGGUCCAGCCCCUCGCCUUUUGCUGCUGUCGGAGGCCUUCCUCGCACACCUGGCGCCGGCGCGCGCACUGCUGCGGCGACGAAGCACAUCUAAUGUCAUCGGAGGCAUGUAGGGCACAGGCAGGCAGCUGGAAGGGAGCGGGGGCGCCCCCUCCCUUCCUUGGGCCCUUUUCGAAGCCUUCCAACCACCCACCUCGGAGGCCUGUAGGGUCCAACCAGGUAGCUGGAAGGGAGUGGAGAAGGCACCGGGGGCCCCUUUUGAGGCCUUCCACCCCUGGCAGACGCCUUCAAAAGGGGCCCGGGGCUGCACGGUGCCCUCCUGCGCUAGGGGGGGCGGGCGCCGUCGCCUGGCGCCUUGCAUCGCAGUGCUUGCGUUGAUUCUAAGUCGACUACCAUUACUAUUAAAUCGACCUCGACCACCAUGACUACGCUACUUACAUCUAAUUUGUUUUGACAACUAUUAUUUCUAUAGAUCGACCAUUAGUGCUACUUAUGACAUUAUAGACCACCCUCCACACCAACGCAAUAUAGGUCAAGAGGACCAGGGCGCACGCGCGUCAGCGUCUUGAAUUUGAAGCCAAGCAAGCGACCCGCAAACAAGCGGCUUGCCACGGUUCUGCUCUUAGAAGUGGCGCGGUACUUAAUGAUAAAUAACAUCUUGCAAUGCCUCUCCUCAUGCUAGACGCAUUCACUUACUCACUCACCCAGUUGUCGACUAGAGCCGCUGAAAGAUGGGGAUAGCUCUAUGUAUUGUUGGGCUUUGAGCUUGUUGCUUGGCUUAAAGUGUCCCCAUCUUGUCGCUCCCAGCGCCAGUGGGUCUAGAAAUCGCCAACAAUAUGCACUAGGUAAAAAGAACCACCAGCAGAGCGCAUCUUCACAGAAAAGCCGCGCCGUCAAAACAAGUGCUGAAUAUCCAGCGUGGUUCUGCCGCUUUUGGUUCAGCAGCCCUCUUUUGGGUUCAGCAGGUGCAGGGGCCGCCGCGUGUGUUCGUCCUUGGUCUACAGCAGGAUGCUCAGCAUGAUGCGCCCGCACUUCAGAAACAGUCUUUGGCCAUUGACGGUCAAGCGGAAACGGCUGAAAUUAUGAGCGGCUUUCUUCUCUUGAUUCAAAAAGGUGCUUCGUAGUUGUGUAUCAGAUCAUAAGGCGCGGCUGCUCUAAUGGGGAGCGUCUAUCUCUACCAAGUAGGAACCGACAGUAAGAAUUCGCAUCACGUUAGGAAAUAUUUUGGGAAGAGUUUCAGCUUCUAGAAUAUAGCUCAACAAGACGAGGCAUGGCCCAGGGGCGUGCAGACUAAUCAAUAUGGUGAGACACUAUACUGCUACAGUUACUGAGUGAUACCACAACCGCGACCACUUUAACAAUAUUAACAGCGGGCGAUAUAGUGGCUGAAGCUGAUAGAUUGAUAUUAUAAGCGAGAGCUCCACUACAUUCACGACAGAGCCCACUACUUCCGCCUUUUUCUUCUAAUUCUAUCUCGUCGACAAGCAUCACGAGCAGCGAGGAAGACAGCGCCAAGACGAACUCGCCCAACUUGCGUGGUUCUAGGAUUUUUCGCGGAAUUGGCCAGCAGGUCACGUCGCCCAACCUGGGAGAUGAUGGCUCGAAGGUAGAGAUGGAAAACGACAAGGGCAGCAAGAUGAGCAACUACAUCAAGUCGCCUAACCUGCGUGGGUCUGCAGUUUUUCUCCAAGAAGUGUCGGCUUGUGGGAAGGGUUCCAGUUCUUGUGGUUGUGCUCAGGAUGAACUUAGGACACUACGCGCUCUCUGGCUCUCUGACUCUCCCGAUUCAAUGGAAAGCGUAUAAGUAGAUGUAGAUGCGCUCCCUCUGUGAGUAAGUAGCAGUGCAGUAGUAUAGUCGUGUGUAGCACUUGUUUACUUUUCUCGCAAGAGCUCCAUGUAACUGCGAAGCAAGUCAAGAUGCCCUAGGACAAGGACUAAAAACGCCCCUACUUCUAGCUCGCUAAUUUUUGCCUUUUUUUGUUCCCAUGCCCUUCGUCUUUCGUCCAAUGCUGGGCAUUUCGUCUGAGUAGAGUGCCUUGAAUUGAAUCGACCAUCUUGAGCUGUUGUCAGUCUUGAGCCCCUCGAGCGCGGACGCAUCAACGUAGAAACUGUUUUGAUCAAUCUUCGCCUCCUUAAUGAGACAAAGUGAAGACCGUCGCUUCUUGUGAUAACUUCUAAGAAUUUGGAGUCGCUGCAGAUGCUCUCCACGGCCAACCCGAAGGAGAAGACUGCGCUCCGAUUAAGGCUCAGCUGGUGUUUAACUACUCUAGUUCAAUUUUACAACAUGAAGCAUUUCCUCUCCUGGCUUCUUUCUUAGGUAGCCCUAGGAUUUGGAGAUGAAGUAAAGGCGUCGCUCAUCUUCGUCACCUUUGGACCGGUCUGAGCAAAUGUCUCCAGGGGAGUACGCGCGCAGCUGCGUGACUGCUCUGCGCUCUAAUCAGCGACCUGUGCAAAUUGGAGAAGGGGCAUCUCAGGAAAGCGUGGGACUCGGUGACAAGGCGGCUCGGCCUCGGCGAGAGUGCGUGCGUAAAAAACCUCGCAGUGGGUGCCUAUGUUUAUGAUGGGACUAGUGAGAAGGAGAAGCCUGCAAAUAUCUCGGGCAUAUGUAAUCGUAGUCUUGAAUUAUGCGAGUAGCUAGCUGAAAUAGCCGAGCAGCUGCGUCGCACUCUUAGAAGCUUGCCUUCUGGCUCUGGGAUACUCGGGCAUUUCAGUUUUUCGCCAUCCCCUUGAUUGCUCCUUUUUUUCUUAGCUAUGGUCUGCGCAGCAUUAUUAUGGCUUUGGGGGGGCAGUCUAGCUGCUCGGAUUUUUUGGCUUUUGAUAGGAGCAGGCCCCAUCUAGAAGCCUCACCCAUCCAGGCGCCACGCCUACAGGCUGAGUAUAAUGCUUUGGGCCCUUCAGGAGCUGCGAUAAGAGGAAGAUCCCCCGCGCCCUUCCUAUGACUAUAAGGGUAAGCAGUAGAAAUAGCUGCGAACACUUCCACACUGGGAGUAAGGCUGGCUCAAACUUUUCGCGCAAAAGUCGCCACAUUUGAAAAAAACUCUACCUACUUUCUUGCAAAAUAAAAAAGUCUGCUUUUUUCAAAUAUGGCGAACCUUUCCCAGAUUCAAAUCUUGAGGGCCAUUGCAUUCCCGAACCCAACUGCCCGAAAGUAUUCGCCAGGAACCCGCUCGAAAAUAAAUAUUUAUUAAAUACUUCGAACGCUGUAGGAGUUAGAAUUUCAUCGAACGCACGAAGGAGCGCAGUUUUUCUCUGCAGCCUUGUGGCUUGUCCGUCCAUAGGAGAGCGAUGGGGCAUUCUCGUCUAAUCUUUCUUUCGCUACAACAGUGUGAACUGGCUCACAUCGUACACGCCGGAGGCGCAGGUCCUAGAUUUUCACGCGCUACCUUAAGGCAAGAACCAAGGCAAGAACUUAGCUGCUGACUUCUCUUAUAACCCAGCCCCAUGGCUGGGCACUCUACUACUGCUACUGCUAGAGACGACCACCCCACGCACAGCGUGGCGAUUUUUGGCUACCUGCUCUCAAAGGGAACAAAAGGGCGCGAAGGAUGGCGGCUCCAUCGCUCCUCUUCUACCCCCUACGUGAAUUCCGGAGGGGUAACAGAAGUAGAAGCACUACAACAGCAGACGUCUGCGAUAUUCAUCUCGCAGGACUGUUACCCCACGAACACUAAAGAGGGAAAGUAGCUAAUUAUACUACUCUAGGGGGGUCAGAUUCAUAAGUACACUGACCACACUCAUACAGUUAAGCUUAAGCAAGUUCUACGAUCUCUUUUCAAGCAACUCCUUGGGGACAGCUCCCUAAGGAAGCUCCCCAAGUAAAGGCGUGCCACCCUUGAGGAGCUUCCUCAAGGGCCCUCUUCUUAAUGAGAUUGGCUAUUAAUGUGGACCCCUCCUUAAGGGCCCUCCCUUAUUAAGGAAGCGGCUAGCGCAGAAGCUGCGACAGCUAUGACAGAUAGAACUGCAGCUGGCCAGCCUGUGGCCUCUGCCUGGGCUACCUACUAGGGAGCCGCCUAUGGCUUCGGAGCUCGCUGCCCGUAGGUAGCUUCUGAGAGAGCUGGCUGGCCAUGGCUUCCAAGCUACAUGGCCAUGGCUUUGGAGCCCUCCCCCCAUGGCUCCCAAGCUGACUGGCCGUAGCUUUUAAGCUAUCUGGCCAUGGCUUCUUCUCAGCUAGCUGGCCAAGGCUUCGGGGCGAACAAGCUGGCGACGGUUUCUGAGCUAGUCAGCCAUGGCGCCCAAGUUCAUGGUUUGGCCCCCCAGAAAGCUAGCAAGUAGGCCGCCAAGGCUUCAAAGCUAGCAAGGUGGCCAAGGCUUCAGAAUCGGAGUGAACUGGCUGAGGCUUCGUAGCUAGCUGCCCAGCGCUUCUGGGCUAGCUGUGUAAGCUAGCUGGCCAGGGCUUCGAAGGUCUAAGCUAGCUGGUAGCGGCUUCUGAGGUCGCUCGCCAUGGCUUCCGGGAUAACUGGCCAGGGCUUCGAAGCUAGCUGGGUGGGGCUUCUGAGCUAGCUCGCCACUCCUUCCAGCAAGCUGGCUGGCCAUGGCUUCCAAGCUAGCUGGCCCCGGUUUCUCUCUACGACUAAGGUGGCUCGCCAUGGCUCUCAGGCUAGCUGGCCAUGACUUCCGGGCAGGCUCGUCACUGCUUCCAAGCGGGCUGGCCAUGGCUUCCAAGCUAGCUGGCCCUGGCUUCUGAGCUACCUCGCCACGGAUGGCCUCUAAGCCAGCUGGCCACAGCUUCUGAGCUCGCCGAGGCCGGUCGGUCCUGACUUCGGUCUGUUGGCUAUCCAGUCAGCAAGUUGGCCAAUGCAGUGGCCAUAGCAGUAGCCAGGCUUCUAACUUCGCCACAGUGGGAGCCAGCCUCUCAAGCCUUGGCGAGUAGGUCUGGCGACUUUUUUCGUUUCAUUCUUGUCUUUCUGUGUCUUUACCUAGUGACCUGUCUUCUAGCUGUUAACCGAUGCCCAGCGCAGCGGGCCCCUGAUGGGCCCGCUUUCUGGGCAUUUGUGUGGUGAUGUCAGAUACGUACAGACAACUAGGUAGUGCGACUAAUAGGGGCUCCGCUAAUCAUCAGAGGAGUACACUGAUAUCAUCCAGAGCAAGGCUGGCCCCGUGCAGUGGUCGCACAUCUUGGACGAGUAUGAGCGACUUCUUGCGCUGUCAAAGUCCUCCAAAAGUACGAGACCAGUGGUGAAGCCGCUGCCGUCUAUGUAUAGCGCAAGAAAUGGCCUCGGAGUGGUCUUCUCGCUCGGUCUAACUAUGAGGAUUCCGAUCGAGAUUCAAAGUUAAGGCUUGCUGAGGUAGAUGCGUUAUUCCUAUCGAUCUUAAGAAAAUUUGCGCCGUGAACUCUGCUCUUCUCUUCAUGGUCGAUGGGGUACGCGCUUGGUCUCAUGUUAUUUGCCAGCGGGCCCCCUCUCCCACGUCGAUGACUCGCAUUGAGUUCGCUUUGAUGAGGGGAAGGCGUGCGGCGUCUAUCGUUGUCUUGUGCUUGGGCUUGUGACUUGAUUUGAAGCACGCGCUUCGCGCUUGUAAAUUGAUUUAACUACAUACAAGCUUCGCCAAGCUGCUCUAAGAGAAGUUGUGCGAGGACGUGGCCCAAAACGGUGGCAAUAGCGCGGCACCUAUGAUGCGUCCGGUUUUGUGGCUGCUUCGACGGUCCUCCUCCAAGAGCAAGAGUGGCGCCACGUCGACGCAACUGCAAGAGGCUUGCAGGCUUCUUCUUAAGGCCUCCUCGAUCAUUGAUUCUAGAAGAUAGCUGCGUAGGUUCUUCCCGUUCUGAGUUUGGAUUGCCAUAAUUUAUUCUGUUGGGAUUGUCUUCGGCUAUUUAGUAGUCUUAGUCUUCUAUGACUCUAAAUUCCUACCAAAGGUCCGAGACUUGAUUGCGGAGGGCGCGCAAACAGUGGCGCAGAAAACUGCUGUGCUUUUGUUUCCUACGGGGGUGGCUGACUCUCGUCGCAUCCAUGCCAGUCUCAUCGAUGGGGCGCUGAAUGACUUCAAUUCAGGAGAACGAGGAACAGCCAAAGUAGGUCAAGUUAUGGCGCUGGCGCUGAUCUCUCUUUUUACUGUUGUUGAGUGAGGUUCUUCGUCGUUCAUGGUAGUCCAAAUCCUCACUCUCAAUAAAAGCACCUACCUACGUACUGCUUCCUCGACUACUUGCGUGUCCUUUUCUUAUCUUCAUACUGUAGAACGUAGAAGAAGCUUGGCGGGAGAAGAACAAUAGAAACUACUUUUAGGCGUCAUGAGUAAGCAGGGGUUACGCUGCCGCACCGACUGAAAUACAGAAGGGAGAACAACCUAGCAACAGCGUGGUCAGUCAGUCCUUCUAGCUGUGUUCUUUCGUGAUCCAUACAGUAAGGUGGAUCUCCAUCGCCUAGAUUCUUUGGAGCGAGGCAAGCCAAUAGACUCUCACUCUUCUAAGUAGCACGAUGCAGCAACGGUGAUGGGCCUUUCAAAGAUGGAAACGGCUCUCCAGCAAGAUAUGAAAGCGCAGGCGCCCCAUUUGGUCCAGACUGCGGCGAGUGAGGAUGGGAGCAGUGGUAGUUCUUUUACGGCUGACCUCGUCACGAGUGCCAUCUAAUCAGUAGUACAGUUGCAGGCGGAGAGUAGCAGAAGCAGUAAGAAGGUGAAAGACUCAGAUGAAAGCCCUGAGGCAGGGCUAUGAUUUUGAAACUUGUUCAAUGGGUUUGGAUUUUACUUAGUAAAAUGCAAAUGCGCGAACGUUUUUAGUUUUAGCCAGUUCGUCCCAUUCUAACAGUUCUUGCUGUGAGCAUUGCGGAGUGGCGGGCGUUUAUGACCGUCUUGUGCGUUUGUUGUUUCAAAGUGGCGCAGGCGCUUUGUAUCGCGGCCAGGCCGCGUCUUCAUUCAUUACGACACAACCAGGAGAAGAAGGCGAACGCAGCCAGCAGGCUGUGAGCCCUGUCGGGUGGGAAAAGCAUACGGAUGGGGUGAUUGACUCGAUACCCGAAAACUUGGCACAAUUUGGCUAGAAAUUUUGUAAAAAAUGCAAAAUCUGCAAAAAUUUCUGAUGACAGAGAGCGGCGUCCCGGGCGGCCCGGGGUUGUAAGUCUCUACCCGAUCCGCAAAAUUCUACCAAAGUGAGUCUCCAAGCCUUGCGACCGGCAGGGGGACGCUGCUGAGGCUUUCGGUCUCAGUUGGCUAGGAUCUAGGGCGCGCCGCUCGCAGAAUUGUCUGAGGGGUGAAGAGCCUGGCUACUGCAGUAGCGCGGCCAAGAAUGCGAGCGAGAAAAGCGCACGCAAAAACAGAAGCCCAGCGAGAGGCGAAACCGCUGGGCAGCUCAGUGAGCUGAGUCGGCCAAGUCGAUAAUGUGUGGGCUGCUGAUAGAUCUUCGCUCGGUCUUAUGAAAAAGACCAAGCUGUUCGCGCUAUAUUUUUAACCUGGUCAAGCCUGUCGCACCUGACCUCGUGGGCGCUGCGUGGUGAGCCUUGUGGGCAUUUUGGUGGGCGUUGAACAGUGUCAGUCUUGUUUGGCUUAGCGCCAUGCGAUCAGGCCCAGGCUACCAAAGUAAGCACAGCAGACGAAACAAGGGGGACAGACACAAAGUUAGUAGCCGGGAAGAGUCCAAGGGCCUGCGCCUUUUGCUUGAUGCUUGUUCUCUUUGUUCAAGAAAUGACACACACCGAGGCGGGGCAGCGUAAUUCAUGCGCUUGCGCUUUAUGCUCGUGAGAUUUGCUAGAGCGGGUGGGCGUUCGCUCCGUCAGUCUGUCGGCCGGUUGGAUUUGUUUCACGACCGCUCUCCAUUUUGGAGAGCGCCGAGUUCUUUGGUUCUUCGUCGCUCUUUGUCUUACACCGGGGGUGCCGUCGUCGCUGCGCCUAAGAUGAGGCCGGGGGUCCGGGGUUCGCUACGGUGAGCUAGUCUCUCACUUGGUUUGGUAGCAGUCCGUCGGCAAAUCUUGUCUCGCGGGAAACAGUGCAAAUCUUAGCUUGGGGAGAGCUCAGCAGCUGGGUUCCGUCUGAGUAAAGUUGCCUUCGGGUGUCACCGCCUUCCCACGCGGUUACCGUGGCCCGCGGCCUUGCCUUCGGGCAGGGUAGGCGCGGCUCCUCGCAACCCGGGCCGCAUUCUUUCAUGAACUUUCGGGGGAGAGGGUUGCCUCCCUUGCGUGUGCCUGGCUUGUGGUCCUCUUUUGGGGAUAGGCGAGCGCAUGUAGAGGCCUUAUGGCAUGGGGGGUCUUCCUGUCUAGGCCGUCAGUGCAGGCCGCGCACCGCAGAGAGUGGCGGCGGUGAUUGAGAUGAGGCCGCCAGGGCAGGCCGUCUGGGUUAUGAUGGGUUGGCAAGGCCGUCAGAACAGCGACAGGCCGCCAGGAUGGUGUGAAGUGUUUUCCUGUCUAGGCCGCCACUGCAGGCCGCGCAGGGGCUGGUGAUUGAGAUGGGGCCGCGAGUGCAGGCCGCCAGGGUUCUGGUGGUGGUGGUGAUGAUGUAAGCCAGCCGAUCGGGUGGUGCGGGGUGCCGUCUCGUUUUUGCUGGUUGCAGCGACGUAGUUGCCGCCGCGUCCAGUCUUAUCUUUGACGAUUUUGAAAACAAAGCCACUUUUUGGGGCUUGCGAUGGCGCGCGCGGACGCGCGGCCAGCGGCGUUUCCUCCCGGCGCUUCUUGUUCCUUCUCGUGGUUCCAGUUCUCCCCGUCACUGCCUUCCUUCCUUAGUUGUCUUAUUUCUUCUUCCUCUUCUUUCUUCUGCUCUUCGUCUCACGAAGGGAACAGAGCAGCAAAGAAAAAGGCUGAAACGAAGGGGCCUCUUAAGGGGAGACCCCCUGACGAAGGGGGAUGCAGUGCAGGAGGGUAGGAGCAAGCGAAACGGGCUCCCCUCGCCUCCUUGGGGUCCCCUGGAGAGGUGGCGGGCGCGGGUCUGGCCUCUCUCUGCGGGGUCGAGUAGGGGCAGCCUUUUAUCUUAAAGAGGGCAACCCUCUUAGGUAAAACGGUUGCAGGGAUGGGAUGGCACCCCGCCCCACCCGAUCGGUGGGCUUGGUUGCAUCAUCAUCAUCGUCAUCUAUCAUCAUCAUCAGCACCAGCGUCGUCGUCUACUCUUCGUCUUCUUGUUGUUGCUUGAGGGUACGCCGUCAAGACGGCAGGGCGCAGCUUAAAUAACGCCGUGCCCGGGGCCGUCAGGAUGAUGAUGGGUGCUUAUGAUGAGGAUUAUGGUGGUGGUGGUGAUGAUGGUGAUGAUGGUGGUGGUGAUGAUGGUGAUUGAUGGUUGAUGAUUGACGCCGGCUGAUGAUUGGUGGCGAUUGAGUAUGAUUGAUGAUGAUUGAUGAUGAUUGGCGAUGAUUGAUGACGAUUGAUGACGAUUGAUGAUGAUUGAUGCUGAUUGAUGCUGAUUGAUGAUGAUUGAUGAUGCUUGAUGAUGCUUGAUGAUGCUUAAUGAUGCUUGAUGAUGCUUGACGAUGCUUGAUGAUGCUUGAUGAUGCUUGAUGAUGCUUGAUGAUGCUUGAUGAUGCUUGAUGAUGCUUGAUGAUGAUUGAUGAUGAUUGAUGAUGAUUGAUGAUGAUUGAUGCUGAUUGAUGCUGAUUGAUGAUGAUUGAUGAUGCUUGAUGAUGCUUGAUGGUGAUUGAUGACGAUUGGUGACUGAGUAGCUGAGGCCGUCCGUCCAGGCUGUCAGAGUCGAUGGUGGAGAUGAGUAAGCCUGUCAGUGUAGGCCGCCAGGAUGAUGAUAGUUGCCUUCAGUACAGGCUGCCACGAUGGUGACGAUUGAGAGAGGCGGCCCCGGCUGCCGCCAGUGCAGGCGCGCAGGGCGAUUGCCCUCCCCCCUUUUGGGCUGUCAGUGUAGGUCGCCCUGUUCCGGGGUCGCUCUCCCCCAUCUUGGCUCCCUCGGGCUCCCGCGAGCCCCCGGCGGCCUCGCACUUGGCAUCCCAUUUGGCACGGCCCGGUCGGCUUCGUCAUCUCGUGGCACCGAGGUCUACCUUGGGGCCGCCCUGCCGGCUAGGAAGGGCCCACCGCGAGGAGCCCCUUUUUUGACGGUUUGCUUCGGCUGGUCGGCCUUCGGUCUUGCGUCUUCGCGCGCGGGACUUGGCGGGGGGCAGUGGUGCACAGAACUCUGAUCAUAAGGUCGCCGCGCGUUGUUAUUCUUAUACCAGAGUAGUUUGUAGCACGCAUGGCGCAUGGAGUAGCAUGGGGCGCAGAGCUUUAAGGGGUGCAAGAAGCUCCCCCUUUAGCUCCAUGCGAUCCAUGCACUCCAUGCCAUGCGAGCUGUGAAACCUUAGAAAUUGCUCAGCUAUAAUGUAUCUAUGCCCUGUGUCUCUUUGGGCUUUAUAUUUGUGCUGAGAUCCAUCUGUUAGAGCGGGCGGCCGUUCGCCUCGUCAGUGGUCUGCCGGCCGGUUGGGUUUCACCGCUGUCCACUUUGGAGGGCGCUGGGCUUUUUUUCCCAACUUGCUCCCCGCGUGGCUGCGUGUCGUCUCACCUUUGCCCAAUUCGUUACGGGUUGAGCUAGUGGUGGGCUCGCUUGGUCGCUGUCGUCGCCUCAUCUCGUGACGCUGAAGCUUACUGUAGGGCCUUGCUGGCCAAAAAGGGCCUACUGCGGGGGGCCCUUAUUUUUUGCCGGCGUGCCUCGGCUGCUCGGCCUUCGGUCUUGCGUCUUCGCGCGCGACCGUGAGAAUCCCGCCACUCCCAGGGAGGCAGUGAGUGGCGCACAGAGUUCUGACAUGGCCGCCGCUGUUACCCUCAUCGGUGUGGUUCGCUAGGGGUCUGAGAUAGACGAAAAAGCUGGACAAAAACAAGGAGAAUGGAAGGGGCUGAACCCUCUCCCCUUGAAGAAAUGAGAUGGAGGGGGAGCAUGCACCGUGGUGGACAGAGGCGAAAAAACUUGGGAAGGGAUGGAAAGAAGAGGCAAGAGACCCUCGCCCCGCCUUUGGUGAAACAAGCGGCACUGAGAAUGAUCUGGAGCGCAGGGUGACGCGAAAGACGGGCUUGAAAUCUUCGCGAAGUGUUGCCUGGGCUGGUCGUCGUUGUCUCUGUGUUUGUAAGGACGAGAAGCGCGCUGGCGUGGCCUCGGGCGCUCUGUGUUUGUGUUGUGUUUCUCGGUUGUAAGCAGCCCUGUCGCCGGGUGGGUGCGGACCGCCCGGACACCAUUGGCAUCGGCGCCGCCUGGAACUGCACCUGCGGCAUACUUGUGCAAGCUCCUCGAGGAGUAUAGAGUUCUGUCGGAGGAUAGGGGAAACGCAGGCGGGGAAGCAGUGGCAAAGCUGGACGGCGUUGGCCAUCUAAAACUUGUAAACUGGCCGCAGACAUUCCGCGAAGGUUCUGGGGCUUCCGCCUUCUGUUUUUUUUCGAUGAGAGGAGACAUGGACGCGCAUGGAUCGCCAGAGACAAGCUCGCAACAAUUUGCAACGGAACCGCACCAGGCUCCGCGCUUUCUGUCUUUCGUUUUUGUGGUUUCUCUGUCUCUCUCUCCAGACUUGGGAGGCCUUUGGCGUUGUGCAUUCGUUUGGGAAUUUAGCGGGUGGCUGCGCCGCAGACUGGUUCGCCGGCUUGUGAUGCUCUCGGCGCACUGGGCUGCUUGCUUCGGCUUGGUCGUGUGUGGGUCGGUUGGUGUGCGGGUUUUGCUUUCGGGCCUCUUGUGGGCUUCGUGUUAAUGAGACAAGGACAAGGGCCGCGCGCGUGAGCGUCGGCAGCUUUCCGCCAAGAUUUUCCGCCGCCCGUCGGCGCUCGUCGGGCGCGGUGUUCUCCAAAGUAGCGGACAAGCCGAGGAAGGUGAAAAGAGUGGGGCCACAAAAAUGGCGAGGGCAGUGGGGGGCGCGCCUCGUCUCUUUGGAGGAGUGGCAAAGGGAUAGCGAAUUGCGUGGGACUGAGAUGAAAAAAGUAGGGCAAAAGCGGGAAGGGCUGAAGGACUUCGGCCUCCCGCCAUUGAAGAAAGGAGGCGCGGGCGGGGUGUGUCUAAAUCGAUUAGGUGGGUGAGGCGAAUAGAGUGAGACACCGCCGGGGAGAGUCAAAGGGGAGGCUUUGGGGCUUCUUCUGUUGGGGGGGUGACUGACUGGCACCGAGGUGAAGCAUAGUGGACCAUCUCGAGGACACAUGGAAGGGGUGAAGACUAGCAGCUGCGCGGCAAAGCCAGCCAUGAAGAAGCAGCAGCGCGGGGGCUUUUCCCCUUGAACCUGCAAAAACAAGAAGGGAGGCGGUGGCAAGUCGUGGCACCGUCAGGGGACAGGCCGCGAAAAGUGUAAGACAAAACUGAAGGCGAGGACGGGCCAGAGGCCUUGGGCUUUCUCCUUCAAAGCAGUGGCGCUCGCACUCUUUCGCUGGCUUUUCCCCUCCAUGGGAUGCAGCUGAGACGGAAAAAGCGAAAAGGCCCGACGCAACUAAGAAAGAGCCAGCUUGGGCUGUGUGUGGUGGUGUUGACUAGGCUGCGCAGGUGUGUGUCGCUGGCAAACAGCUGCGGACAUGGGGCCGGCAGCGUGGUCUUGGGGCUCGGCUGACCGAUAACAAUUUGCAGCACUGGAGCUGGGGGGGGUGCCGCUUGUCCUGGAUUUUGCGGCUGCUGCGCUUCCACCUGGGCAAGAAGCUGCUGGUGAAGCGGUUCGGCUUCUGUCGUGCCGCCCCAGGGUAUUCUUGUUGAAACAAAGGCUCUCUUAUUUUGUUAUCCGCUGCGUGCCUCCCGCUUCUACCACAGUCUUGCCCACGCCGUUGCAGAAUCAGGAGGACACGCCCGGGCACCUUUCGCGCCUGGUUUUCCGCUAAAAUUCCUCUAAUUUUGAAGAGGUCGCAACUCGCAAGCUGUCUCCUUUAAGCUAGUCGGUUUCUUGUGGUCGGUGGUCGAGGUGUGUCUUGUGUGGUGGGGUUAGCUGUGUGGCCGCAGGGUGCAGUCGGCCCUUUGUGGCCUUGCCGCCGUGUCGGGGGGUAGGUCCCCGCGCAAAAGGUCGGCGGUUGGCGCGGCAGCCGUCAGGCUGGUGCCAUGCUCGGGUGGGUUUUUGAAAAAAUCACUCUAACAGUUUAGCACGCUAAAAACCGUGCCGCUUUACUUAGCGCUCUCCCUAUCUAAGCACUCUAAUUCGGCGGGAUUUCUCGCCGAUGGGCCUCACUUUUUUGCUCUAGAAAUCGUGCCGGUUCGUCACUCUAAUUGUUUUGGGGGGUUCUCAGAAGCCCUCUAGAAUUCCUCUAGUGCGGCGCUCUAAUUCGGCACUCUAAUUUUGCACCCCAAAGCCCUGCGCGUUUUCGCGCUAUGAGGGGGCUCGCAAAUUAGAGCGUUGAAGCAAAGUGCACACUUGGAGGAAUCCGUAGAGGGUUCUCGAGAAGCCCCAAAACCGGACUAGAGUGACGAGGCAGCAACCUGUCGAGCGAGCAUCCCCCGGCGCAUUCCGUGGGCCUUUCCUAAAGUAAUUAGCAGAAUUGUUAGCGCUCGAGUUAGAGCCUUGCCCCCGACCGAAGGGCGCAACUUCGUGAAAGAUCCGCCGAGCAUGUGCCGUGUGUUGUGGUUCUGCUCUUCUGUGUCGUCGGGUUUUGCAGAGUCUGGGCACAGAGGUAAGCUUGUGGCGGCUGCAGCUGAGGGUGCUGGGCUUGCUUAUCGAUCGCGGCUUUGGUGGUGUGGUGGGUGGGUCUCUCUUGGGGGUUUCUCAGGGGUGUAGCUAGCAGCGUCGGAGGGUCUUCCGAGAUUGUUGCGAUGGGUCAAAUUAGUAAAAUUCGGGCGGCAUUCUAGAGGAAUAGGGUGGCUGGCGUUGUCUCUUUGAGCAGAAGAAAGACCCAGCGCCCGCGGCUCCCAUGCUGCAACGCUCGCGCCGGUGGUUCCACGCGGGCGCGAAUGAAAGGGAAAAGAGUGAGGGCACCCACUUGCCUCGCGCAUGAUUAUACAAACGCGCGAGCCUUCGGCGAUCUUGGGCAGGGUCUUGGCUUGUCCAUUUUGCUGCUUUUAUUUGUCGCUUGCUUCUAUGUAUUAGCCCACUCUUUUUUUGCCGCCCGCUUGUUCCAACUUAUUUGCUGGCCUUUGCGGUUUCCGCCUUUUGCGAUGCUUGUUGUGAUUCAUUUACGGAAAACUUUUCCCAGGGCCACGGGGGUGAGGGACAUUGGUAUAGCCAAGGCUUGCGACAUGCAUCCUGAUGGAUCCGCCGAGCAUACCCCUGUAGAGCAGCAAAAUAGUGUGGCGGACUCCUAUGCAAAUUCUUGUUCAACUUGUGCCAAGUUUUCGCACUAGGGACAAUCAGCGGGAAGAUCUAAUAAAGAUGCGAAAAGUUUUAUCAUCCUUUUUUCUCUAGGUGUAAUAGUUUUUGCAGUCUGGGUCUUGUUAAUGGUUGAGGGCGCAGGCUGA